AUGGCACAGCCCCCCCGGCUGAGCCGCUCCGGUGCCCCCCCACUUUGGGACCCAGCUUCCCCUGCUCCCACCUCAGGCCCCAGGCCUCGACUUUGGGAGGGUCAGGAUGUGCUGGCCAGAUGGACAGAUGGGCUGCUGUACUUGGGAACUAUCAAGAAGGUGGACAGUGCCCGGGAGGUGUGUCUUGUCCAGUUUGAGGAUGACUCCCAGUUUCUGGUUCUAUGGAAAGACAUUAGCCCCGCCGCCCUCCCUGGGGAGGAACUCCUCUGCUGUGUCUGUCGCUCAGAGGCUGUGGUCCCUGGGAACCGGCUGGUCAGCUGUGAGAAGUGUCGCCACGCUUAUCACCAGGACUGCCAUGUUCCGAGGGCCCCGGCCCCUGGAGAGGGCGAGGGCACGUCCUGGGUCUGCCGCCAGUGCAUCUUUGCCAUCGCCACCAAGAGGGGAGGUGCACUGAAGAAGGGCCCCUAUGCCCGGGCCAUGCUGGGCAUGAAGCUCUCCCUGCCGUACGGACUGAAGGGGCUGGACUGGGACGCGGGACAUCUGAGCAACCGGCAGCAGAGCUACUGUUACUGCGGUGGUCCUGGGGAGUGGAACCUGAAAAUGCUGCAGUGCCGGAGCUGCUUGCAGUGGUUCCACGAGGCCUGCACCCAGUGUCUGAGCAAGCCCCUCCUCUACGGGGACAGGUUCUAUGAGUUCGAAUGCUGUGUGUGUCAGGGGGGCCCUGAGAAGGUCAGGAGGCUACAGCUUCGCUGGGUGGAUGUGGCCCAUCUUGUCCUCUACCACCUCAGCGUUUGCUGCAAGAAAAAAUACUUUGAUUUUGACCGCGAGAUCCUCCCCUUCACCUCUGAGAAUUGGGACAGCUUGCUCCUUGGGGAGCUCUCGGACACUCCCAAGGGAGAACGUUCUUCCAGGCUCCUCUCUGCCCUCAACAGCCACAAGGACCGUUUCAUUUCAGGAAGGGAGAUUAAGAAGAGGAAAUGCUUGUUUGGUCUUCACGCUCGGAUCCCUCCUCCUGUGGAGCCAUCUACUGGAGAUGGAGCCCCCACCAGCUUCCCUUCAGGGCAGGGCCCUGGGGGAGGGGUACCACGUCCCCUGGGGAAGCGCCGGAGGCCGGAGCCAGAGCCCCUGAGGAGGCAGAAGGGGAAGAUGGAGGAGCUGGGGCCAUCCUCAGCGGUGCGCAGCCAGCCAGAGCCCCAGGAGCAGAGGCAGCGGGCCCCUCUGCAGAGGGCACUGCAGGCCUCAGUGUCUCCACCACCCCCCAGCCCUAACCAGAGUUACCAGGGCAGCAGCGGCUACAACUUCCGGCCCACAGAUGCCCGCUGCCUGCCCAGUAGUCCCAUCCGGAUGUUCGCUUCCUUCCACCCCUCUGCCAGCACUGCAGGGCCCUCUGGGGAUGGCGAACCCCCAGACAGGUCACCUCUGGAACUUCACAUUGGUUUCCCCGCAGACAUCCCCAAAAGUGCCCCUCACUCGAUGAUCGCCUCGGCACCCUCAGGCCCAGCGCCCUCCCCAGGUCUUCCUAGACGCUCAGCGCUCUCUUCUCCCCUGUGCCGCAGCUUGUCUCCGGGGGCUGGGGGAGGAGUCCGAGGUGGGGUUGGCUAUCUGUCCCGAGGGGACCCUGUCCGCGUCCUGGCUCGGAGAGUGCGGCCUGAUGGUUCCGUGCAGUACCUGGUGGAGUGGGGAGGUGGGGGCAUCUUCUGA